CUCAACUCUCGCAAUGUUUUCCUCGAAGCCAAGAUCAAGCUGAGUCUCCUCGACCACAGCAUGGCGGAGUCGUCGCCGGCGGGAGAGGACACGGGGUGCCUGGCGCAGGGGCUCCUCACUUACUUGCCUCCUGAGAUGAUGCGGACCGUGGUCGUGGCUCCGCCCCAGGUCACCGUCAGCGCCCCGGCCCACCCAGCAGUCAGACGUGUACAUGUACGGGACGCUGCUGUACGAGCUGUUCGCCGAGGCCACGCCCUUCGCCUCACAGCACCCCCACGCGGUCAUCCUGCAAGUGAGCAAGGGGAGGCAGCCGCCCACGGGGGAGCUGCAGUGCACGCAGAACCUGAAGACCCUGAUCGGCGAGUGCUGGGACUCCGAGCCUGCGCAGCGCCCAAUCUUCCCGGACAUCCUGCGCACCCUCCAGCAGACGCUGUCCCUGCACCGCGCCCACUCCACGUCCGAGCCCGAGAGACUGAACCGCAUAGGACUCUCCGGCAGGAUCUCUUGCUGACAGGAGUUCGGGCGGCCUCCUCCUCCGGGAAGGUCGCUCACGGAGGAGACGAUUGCGGACUCCCUGGCCGGCGAACACUUCUUGAAGCUUCCUUGAGACGCAGGAAGGAGGAAGGAUGGAGAUGGCAUGAAGGAAACAAAAAGGAG